AUGUUAUUAACUCGAGCUGUACGACCUGAUCGUUUAAUUAUUGCAGCAAAAUCUUUUGUUGAAAGUGUUUUUGGAUCGGAAUUUGUUCAGAAAGCAGAUGCACUUCUAAAUUUAGAACAAAUUAUCAAUGAAGAAAUUCAAGGUUUAACACCUAUUCUACUUUGUUCUGUUCCGGGUCAUGAUGCAUCAAAUCGUGUAGAAGAAUUAGCAACAAAUCUUAAUAAAAAUUUAACUAGCAUUGCUAUUGGUUCGGCUGAAGGUUUUUCACUUGCUGAACAAGCAAUUAAUACAGCUGCUAAACAAGGAAAUUGGGUAUUAUUAAAAAACGUUCAUUUAGCACCUCAAUGGCUUAAAGAAUUAGAAAAGAAAUUACAUUCAUUGAAACCUCAUGAAUCAUUCCGAUUAUUUUUAUCAACAGAAAUUCAUCCAAAACUUCCGACAAGUUUAUUACGUAUGGGUUUAUGUUUAGUAUUUGAACCAGCUACGGGUAUUCGUCCAAGUCUUAUGCGAACAUUAAAUGAAUUCUCUGAAAGUCGUAUGGAAAAAAUACCAAAUAUACGAGCUAAAGCUUAUUUUCGACUUGCUUGGCUCCAUGCUCUUGUGGUAGAACGUUUACGUUAUACACCAUUGGGAUGGUCUAAACAUUAUGAAAUUAAUGAAAGUGAUCUUCGUUUUGCAUGUGAUACUAUUGAUCAAUGGAUUCGUAAUGAAGGAAAAGAUGAUGUUGCUUGGGAUGCUCUUCGAUAUUUAAUUGCUUCAUGUAUCUAUGGUGGACGACUUGAUAAUCGAUUUGAUCAACGUCUUUUAGCUUCUUUUGUUGCUAAAUUAUUUUGUCAAGAAAGUCUUAAUAGUUCAUAUCCAUUAAUUCAAGAUGAUACAUCAUCGUUAUCAAUACCUAUGCCACAAGAUACAACAAAAAUGAAAUAUGUCGAAUGGGUAAAACAACUUUCAGCAAAUGAAAAACCCACAUGGCUUGGUUUACCAGAUAAUGCGGAAAAAGUAUUAUUAAUUAGUGAAGGUAGUAAAUUUGCAGUUGAUCUUUUAAAAUGUGAUCAAAGUGAUGAAAGCACACUUGCACUUGAUCUUAAUGCUGGUGAGAAUAAAGAUGAAGGUGAUACUGCUGGAAAACCAGCAUGGAUGGUACAUGUACAACAUACUACAGCUAAUUGGCUUAAAUUAUUACCUAAAACAUUACCUACGAUCAAACGUACAACAGAAAAUAUUAAAGAUCCAUUAUUUCGAUGUGUUGAACGUGAAGCUAAUUUUGCUAGUAAUCUUUUACGUUCCGUACGUCAAGACCUUACUGAUAUACAAGCCGUAUGUGAUGGAAGUAAAAAACAAACGAAUGAUACACGUGAUUUACUCAAUAAUUUAUCUAAAGGUAUUACACCACCAACAUGGAAAAAAUAUCGUGUACCACCACGUAUUAGUGCAAUGCAAUGGAUGUCGGAUUUUGUUGCUCGUUUAAAACAACUUGAUAAAUUAGCAACAUUAACAACAAAUGAAGGUGUUCAAUCUUUACGAAGUGUUCAAAUGUGGCUUGGCGGGUUAUUUACACCUGAAGCUUAUCUCACAGCAACACGUCAAUGUGCAGCUCAAUCAUUACAAGUUUCAUUAGAAGAACUUAUUAUGCAUGUACAAAUGCUUGAUCAACCUUCUCAAAUAGAUUCAAAUAAACAAAAUAUCUUUCUCAUAACCGGUUUAAAAUUACAAGGUGCUUCAUGUCGUAAUAAUGCAUUAUUUUAUUCCAGUGCAAUUAUCGAUGAUAUUCCACUUUUAGCAAUUGAAUGGAAGAUGCCUACUGAUCCACCAUCAUUACAAAAAAAGAACAAUCAACAAGAUGUAACUCUUCCAGUUUAUGGUAAUGGUCUACGUACAGAAUUAUUAUGUACGAUGAAUGUUAAAGCUGGUCAAGCAAAUACAUCAGAAUUUCAUUUCUAUGAACGUGGUGUAGCUGUAUUAGCUUCAGCACUUGAAUAA